UAUUACUUUUUCAAUUAAGACAUGUUUUACCGUAGGCUAAACUGACAUGCAUACCUUUAAAAAAAGAUUGAUUGCCAUUACUCACUGGUUUUAAGGAGGUAAUUUAGGGAUCAAUUCCAUACAUUUAGGCCUAUUUAUUAUGCGCAGUGAUAUUCCGCGGCAGGUUCACAUAGAUACAACACCAAAGGCUUUUUGCGUUGCACACACCAUCAGCAGCUACGCCUUGCAAAAUGUCAAGGCGUUGCAGAAAGAGGAAGAUCAAGUGAGCUACACGACACACACAGCCAAGUGCUAACAAGUUCCCACAAGGGUCUCGUGGAGAGGUUGAAGUCGCCACGGGUUUCCAAGGAAGAGAGUUGCGCGAAAAGGGUCGCCAUGAAGGACCAAAGCUGUACUGAUGAAAUUACACAAAUCUUCCAAGAGGCUGCGCCGGCGAGACAAGCCCUGUUGGACAACUACAACAACCUGAUGAACGUGGCCGAAUACUGCGAGAAUAACUACCUGCAGGCAGGUGCAGAUGCGGCCAAGGCCCUGGAGGAGACUAAGAACUUCACCACCCAGUCUCUGGCCAGUGUGGCCUACCAGAUCAGCAACCUCGCCUCCAACGUCCUCAAGCUGCUGGAUGCACAGAACUCCCAGCUCAGACACAUGGAGUCCUCUGUCAACCUCAUCGGACAGACAGUGGACAUGCACAGAGAGAAGGUGGCCCGGAGAGAGAUCGGGGCUUUCACCACAGCCAAGAGGGUUCCCCGCAGUCACAAAAUAAUCCCCCCGGCAACAGGCAAGGAGCCCAAACCCAAGUACACCCGUAGUCCCAUCACCUACUCGAACCUGGACACACAGGGACAUGGCAUGAAGGAUUCUGGUAAGCUGCUGGGGAAACCAGGGUCAACACGCAAACAUGGCGGCACCAUCAGCAGGAGCACUUCCAGAGCACCCCCAGAGCCUGUCCAGUGUCCCGUAGCCCCCUCUCUGUCUCGAGGAGCGUCCCUCACCUCUCUCCAUGAUCGCUCCAUUGGGUCCAGCUUCGGCAAGGCCGUGCCUCCCCCCGUGGUCCCCAGCUGGCCCACGUCACCUGACUCUGACAUCAUCACCACCCUGCUGGAGGAGGCCACGCCCCCACCACCACCCCUGUCUCUGAUGGAGGAUGGUGACGCCACCAUAACCACUCCGGCCUCUCCUCCUCCUCGCAUGGCGCCGCCUGCCUCCUCUCUGGAUGUCCCUCCUCCCCCUCCACUGCCUCCCGCAACCAGCACCCCUAAACCUGCCCAUACCAGCCUAGCCUACAUCCCACCUCCCCCUGCCCCACCCCCACUGGAGACUGUGGCUGAAGAGAACGGCUUCCCGCCUCCUAUGCCACCACCAUCUGACGAGCCUCUCCCUCCACCAACCAGUGAGGGCCUGGAGCUCCCUGGCCCUCCCCGUCCACCGAGUGAUGAGGUGGAUGAAGAUCUGGUGAUCCCAGCCCCUCCACCUCCACCUUUUACCGACAGCGUGGUGGGCUUUGAUGACGACAUGUCACCCCUACCCCCCCCUGCGGAUUAUGACACGACUGGCCCUGCAGACUUUUUGGAGAAAGUGGUGGCACUGUACAGCUACAACUCAGGGAAGCCUGGAGACUUGGUAUUCCUGCAGGGAGAAGUCAUCUACCUGAUCAAGAGGAAUGAAGAUGGCUGGUGUGAGGGACUGCUCAACGGAGUAGAGGGAUUCUUCCCUGGGAACUACGUAGAUUCCUCCACCAGCUAAGAUAUUAGACCACUUAAAGGUAGACUCAGCGAUAUGACAUAUACGCAGAAAGUAAACAGCAUAGUGGGUCAAUUUCCUCUACAACUAAGAGUGUUGAAGCCCGAGGCUCAACUUUGUCCUCUGUUCUGGUCUUGUGGCUCCCAUGUUGUAAAAGUGUGAAGCGAACCCGUGUACAUGCGCAGAUUCUGUGUGUGACUGUGUGAGAGCGGAGUCGUGCAUCUCGCUUAUCACAAUAUCUGUGGUGCUGCUCGUGGCAAUGUCAAUUUCGCUUAUUCUACCUGUAAUAUGAAAAGGGAAAGUAGGCUCUGUCCACAAACAACCCCUAACCCUAUACCCUAAGACUACCUAGGCACUUUAUGUUGACCAGGAAGAAUUGGACAGGUAUAAUCAUACCUAUUCACAUCAUUGGUAAAAAAUCAAUAACUAUUGUAGCAUCACCUGUCCCUUUGAUAGGCCAGAUGGAAUUUCAAACACCAGAGUUUAGGGCUAGUGGUUGUUGGGUUGUUUCUUGAUGGGGACAUAGUCAACUAUUAGCUUUGUAGAAAGACCUCUACUGACCUCUACAGGUCAUAGUAAUGUGAACGGAAUAUAAAGCAAUAUUUAUACAGUGAAUGAUAACAGGAUUCUGAAAUAUAGCCACUUUAUAGCGCGAGGGGCUAGCUAUAUAUUACCAAGAGGGUCACUAGGUAGGACAACUUAGUAUCUGAUAUCUUUCAACCAAGACUAGAUACAAGACUCAAAGUCGGCUUGCUGAUUAACCAUGAAGGUAGUGAACACUUGGUAAAGAGGGAAAAUGCUUUGCAAGUUAUAUAAUAGCUCUAUGUCCUGUUAAGUAUUGUUUUACAAGUACUGUAGUACCAGUAUGUGAACUAGAUUGGCCUCGCUGUUGUGCUCACUAGGACAAGCCCGGAACGCUGCAAAAUGAUGUGGUAAAGGUACAUCUGUUUCCUUGUCUAUGGAACCAGGCACUGUUUUGCUGCUGCAGUUUUUGGCUCUACAGGAUGAUAUUGGUCUCUUAAUUAGAAUUGCACUAAUAUAUGUUGUAAUAUUCAAACUAAGAUGAAGUAAUAUAUGGAUUAUUGAGAAAAUUCAUACCCCCCAAAAAAAAUAUUUGUCUGAAUUCUAUCACGUGGUGAAAAUAUUUUACUGUAGUGGUGUCAUGAUAUUGAAAAAUCUGAAAGUGCUUUUCAACUUGUUCAUGUUUUCAGUUAGAGUUUCAUUUUGAUAUUUAGUACAUCCUUUUUAGAUUGAACAAUGUUUUAUUGACAUGUCUUUCAAUAAAUGCUUUUCCAAAUGA